UCCAUCUGCUAGGCAGAAGAGAGGAGAAGGAACUCAGAACUCUGGAAUCAAUUGGUUGCUGUGACCGUCACCAUGUUGUUACUUGACUAUGAAAAUGUUCUGAUUCGGUCACUCCUAACGGAGCGGUUUUCUGGAGCCCCGCCAGCAUCUAUCGACCAGAUUGUGUCGGACUUCGAUGGCGUGACAUUCCAUCUAUCUACCCCCGAGGCGAAAACAAAGAUCCUUAUCUCUAUCAACGUGAAAUGUUUCCGAGAACUGGUCCAAUAUGGUGCCCAGCAGGUCCUAGAAAGAGAAUACGGCCCUUACAUUGUUGCCCCCGAGCCGGGCUAUGAUUUCUCGGUUUUAAUCGACUUGGAAGACCUCCCCGAUGAUCAGACGGCGAGAGAGGACCUUGUCAUGCGGUUGGCUUUAAUGAAGCGCAACGCAAUGGCUGCCCCGUUCGAGAAGGCUUUCGAUGAGUUCGCGCAGCUAGCGGAGGAGGCGUCAAGGUAUACCUCCGAAUCGGCGCCCGCUGGACUUGAAGAGGGUGGAGAGGUCAUGACGAUCCAUUAUCGGGAGGAAGAAGCUAUCCACAUCAAGGCUAGCCAUGACCGAGUGACUGUCAUUUUUAGUACAGUCUUCCGAGAGGAGACAGACCGCAUCUUUGGCAAGGUUUUCUUGCAAGAAUUCGUCGAUGCCCGGCGACGUGUGUUGACCCUGCAAAAUGCACCCCAAGUUCUUUUCAAGAACGAUCCUCCUUUGGAGCUGGCAAAUGUACCAGGCCUCCAGGACGCUGGCGACGGUAAAGUCAGCUACAUUACCUUUGUUCUUUUCCCUCGUCAUUUGACUCCCCAACGACGCCACGAAAACAUUUCUCACAUCCAGACCUUCCGCGACUACUUCCACUACCACAUCAAAGCAUCAAAGGCGUACAUCCACACUAGAAUGCGCAAGCGGACCGCCGAUUUCCUCCAGGUCCUUAACCGAGCGAGACCUGAGAAUGAGGAGCGAGAAAGGAAGACUGCGAGCGGACGUACUUUCAGAGUUCAGGGAUAAGAGUGGAUUGCAGGGAUUGCCUUUGUUUGAUUGUACAUUGCAGGCUGAAGCACAGAAACGGGGCAUCCUGACAUGACCAACGAACCAUGAGCUUUUCGCAAUAUCUGUAGGCUGCGAUAAUAACGAGUGUUUUCUAGCUUCCGCUUCCCUGAGAUGAGACGUAGGACUAAUCAAUUGGAAGAGUAUGUUGUGAUGGAAAGUAUCGAACAGGGGUCGACAGGAAAUGAUGAGCCCAAAACAUUAUGUAGUACAGCAUCGAUACCAAAUCGAUUCCUGCAUUCGACUUAAG